AUGACCAGCCUUGAGGUUAUCACGACGGAGCAGACCUCGGGCACAAUGCCCUCCUCCGUUUCUCCUGAAAAAGUGGUGCCAGAAGAUUCGGGGACCAUCAGCGAUCAGAGUGCUAGCGACGGCACAAGGUACCUUUCCGGAUGGCGAUUAAGUCUGCUCACACUUGGUCUAUGUCUGAGUCUUAUGCUCUCUUCGCUGGAUAUCACUAUCGUCAGCACUGCUCUUGUUACUAUCUCUGAUGACCUUCAGGCAUUCGACCAGAGCAGUUGGAUAGUGAAUAGUUACUUGACGACAUACUUUAGUGCUCUGAUCAUUUGGGCUAAGAUGAGUGAUCUCGUUGGUCGUAAAAUUAUGCUUGUUGUCGCCCUCGUGAUCUUUUUGGCGUUUUCGGGUGGGUGUGGAGGGGCAUCAAAUAGUACCCAACUUAUUACUUUCAGAGCCCUACAGGGAGUUGGGGGUGCUGGAAUAUUUAGUAUGGUACCUAUAAUCGUAGCGGAGAUGGUCGUGCCGGAGCAGUACGGCAAAUUUAACGGCAUUGUUUCUCUAGCUCUGGCUAUUAGUUUUCUACUGGGUCCACUUCUGGGAGGUGCAAUUCCUCAGCAUACAACCUGGAGAUGGAUCUUCUGGAUUAACUUGCCUAUCGGUAUGGUAGGAUUAGUCUUGAUCAUGUUGGCAAUGCCUGCAGGCUUUCCCGACAACAGACCAUCUAAAGCCAUGCUACUGCCACCAAAAUUGAGCGACGUGCGGGGAAAAUUCGACUAUGUGGGUUUCUUGUUACUCCCAACCGCUUGUAUUUUUCUUAUUGUAGCCUUCGAGGAGGCGGGGGUAGCCUUUGCUUGGAACUCGGCCUUGGUGAUCACUUUCUUGGUGCUUGCUUUUGUUCUUCUUUCUCUGUUCUUUGCAUGGCAGAGAUUGCUAUUUUUGAAACAAUCUACAAGACAACCCGUCAUACCAUGGGUAUUCCUGAAAAAUAGGGUUCUUAUGGGUAUAUACAUUUACGCGCUCUUUUCAGGAGUCCCUUUCGUGACUUUGGUGAUUGAGAUUCCACAGAGAGUCCAGAACAUCAGCAAUACCUCGACUUUGAUUGCGGGCGUGCGCGUAUUGCCAUACACAAUGUCUGUUGCUGUCGGUUCAGCAAUCACUGGGGGGUUAACGGCGAAAGGUCGGAUACCCCCGAUUUAUGUGCUGAUCACAGCUACCAUUCUGCAAAUCCUUGGAACUGGGCUCUUAUACUCAAUACCAGUAACAGCUCAUAUGCCGGCUAGUUUCUACGGGUAUGAAGUGCUGGCAGGAAUGGGUGUUGGCCUUGGAUUGACCACGCUAUUAAGCAUCACACCCUUCAUCGUUGAAAAGCGACUUUUAGCUGUUGCGCUCGGCGGUGUCACACAGAUGCGAAUUCUUGGAGGAGCGAUUGGCGUUGCAAUUGCUACUAGUCUACUGAGUAGCAAUGUCAUAUCAGCCCUGGCUGAUAUCCUACCUGCUGAAACUGUCAAUCACCUUCUUCAAAAUAUCUCUUCGGUGGCUUUACUGUCUCCGGGUGAUCAAAUCGCGGUUCGAACCGCGUUCGCUCAGGGAUAUAAGAAACAAUUGGCCAUGAUACUAGGUUUUUGUGCUGCUGAGCUCUUGGCUAUAGGGCUUAUGUGGGAGAGAAAACCUCGCAGACUCGCAUAA